CACACCUUACAGCAACCACACACUUGAGCAUUGUGGAUUGUAGAUGCAAUCCCAUUAAGUCUUGCCAAAAAGGUCCAAGCUCAGUAAGUCUCGCGGAAAAUGAAUAUCUCUGAGCUCAGACUCCAAAUUUAUCCCCCAGCCCCGAGGCACACCAAUCUCAUCCCAAAUUCUCCGCUAUUUUUCACUCCCUUCAAGCAGCUAUUACAUGUAUCACAUUCAAAAGUUACAACCGUCGUCUCAAGAAAAAUUCUGGGAUGUCCUCCUAAAACCAGGGUGAUAGAGAGACAAAUGAUCCUGCAACGCUCCCAGGAGAGGGAACAAACCCCCAAAAGAGAGCUUACUCAAGUUUCUUCAAGCGGUUAUUCACGGUUUGUAAUAGUAGGAGCUGUUUCUGUGGGUUUGGCGUUGCUACUUAUUGGAGUGGAUGUCGAAAAGGCUGCGGCCUUGGGUCCUGAAGGGCCAUUAAUGGAGGAGUUUUGGGACAAUGUGAGGAGAUACGCACUUUAUGCUCUCACAGUCAGCACAGGGGCUAUAUACACCAUCUUCCAGCCGAUACUGGAGUUGUUGAAGAACCCAAUCUCUGCAAUUCUUAUCUUGGUGAUUAUAGGAGGCAGUAUCUACAUAGUUUCCCAAAUACUUUCAGCCAUGGUUGGGGUCUCCGAUUUUACUUACAGUUACGGAUAUUAAUUUUACAGUUUUCAGCUUAUGAUGUUGGUUUCUCUUGGAUCUUGACGUUGCAAAGUUUUCCUUUUGUUCUUGUUCCAUUAGCGGAACUUUAUUUUAUCCUUUCAAGAUCGUCUUAUCUUUCAAGGCUGAUUAUUUAUUUAUUUGUUUAUUUUUAAAUUUUCUGAAGAAUGAAUAUCUUUUUAGGUUGAAUUAAUCCCAUUGUACUAUUGCAAUAUUUCUUUUAUCAGGAUGAAUUCUAUAUGUUCCUUAAUCCUUACUAGUGGAGUAUUUGCAAGUGACAAAUAUUCUUGCUUGCUGGCAAUAGUUUGGGUGGAUAUGCCGGGUCCGAGUUAGGAUGGGCCUCGGCCUGUGCAGUUUAAAAUUUUGCAUGUAUCUUUAUACUUUAUAGCCCAAUUAAAUUUUCCUCUUCAGGCCUUAAACGGUUCAGCGAGCCUGGAAAAAAGGCCCAAUGACUAAGUUAAACAAUUCAGAGAAAAGUUCUCUUUAUUGCUGUAUACAUAUUACUAUUUGAAUAAAGUCGCAUAACGUCAAAUUAUAAUU